AUGUCAAGAAAACCGCAGCAAUUCUGCAAUGGAUGACGUAGACGCAGCCUUAAUGGGAGCCAGUAUCCUCAUGCAAGUGGUUGCUGGCAUCGCAGUGGUUUUGAAUCUUCUCGUGGUGGUGGUGUUUGCUCGAACCAAGCAACUCCGCAUCAAGUACUUCGGCUUCGUCUUCAAUCUCGUACUCGCCGACAUCGCAUGCCCUGCCGCAGCGAUUGUUUAUAUCCACUUUAAACACGUGGCUACGGUUCUUGCCCUUGUUCGGUCUUUUUUCUUGACCGGGCAGCUCAGCAUCUUGGCCGUAGCCGUGAAUCGUUUGCUGGCACUGUCUCUGAUGCCGCCUGCCCGCUAUGACGCCGUGGUGACACCCGUCCGUAUGGUGGUCGCAUGUCUCCUGAUUUGGAUCCUAUCUGCCGUGCUUUUCUUAUCUACGAUGAAACUUCAAGACGCGACCAUCAACUGGUUGAUCCAAGCUCUGACUCCCAUUUUUAUUCUGAUCGUCACUGGGGUUCUAUACCUUGUGGUCUUCCGUAAGAUCUCCAGGUAUAUGCCGCCACUGGCGUCCAUCGCUGGAACCAAUAACAUAGAUGGACAGGCUGGUACCCGCGUGCGCCAAACGCGUCACCUUAUGGUGACGUUCACGAUCAUAUUCGUGGCGUCUGCUGUCUGUUGGCUGCCAUUUUGUGUGGGCUUUAUCAUCCUGUUCACGCACGGCGAACCCACCUUGUCGGUAGUGGUAUUCCUGCAGUACAGCUAUGCGGUGUUGCUGUUUAAUUCCGCGCUCAACCCUUUCAUCUACUUUUGGCGUUUCCGAGAGGGGCGGGAAGGUUUCUAUAGGUUGAUGUGCGCAUGUUCCAGCCGCAGGAAAAACCAGGCGGAAAUGGAUGGCAACACUGUAGUGGAGACCGAAAUGUAACAUUAGGCCAUUGUGAAAACUGAAGCUGAAUCAUCUGUCAAUACACACGUGUGCCAAGUUUUUGUCGAGUUCCAUUUUACAUGCCGCUGGGUCUUCAAUCUAUAACUGCCAGAUUCCAUUUGGAUUUCCCUAAAAUAUGUUGUUUUUUCCUCAAACCUUUAAAAAGGUUUUUUUUCCACGGUCUUGCGUUCUUUUUUUGGGGUUCCUUUGGGUUUCGAAGCUAGAGUGUAUGUUUUCGCUUCAGGAUACAGAUGUUCCAAUAUAGAAUAAU